AUGGAUGAUCUCGCCAGGGCCGAGUACCCUGCCUUGCUGGCGCACCUCCAGCCCAUGCAGGCCGUGAACGUCCUUACCGAUCGUGUGAAGAGGAUAAACAAGAUCAACACCGAGAUCGCAGACUGGUUGCAGGAACGCCGCCGAGCCGAGGAUCAAUACGUCCAGAGCUUGAAGAAGCUGCUCACCUUCAAAGUCCCCAACAGCCAGUCUGAGCUUGGCGUCUUUUCCGACCCCUGGGACAAGGUCCUGCAAUCCGUCGACUCGACUGCCCAUUCCCACCACGUUUUCGCGAGCCAACUCGAAAAAGAUGUCGAAGGUCCCCUGCGCAACUUUCAGUCUCGCAAGGAGAUGCAGAACAUGCAGACCAUCACCGCCAACUUGACUUCUAUGGCCCGAGACCUCGAGGAUGCCCAGAAAAAGACGGAAGCCCUGGCCAAGAAGGGCCCGAAGACGAACACGCAGAAGAUGGCGGAUGCUACGGCGAGACUUGAGUCUGCCACCCAGCAAUGGGAUUCGCAGGCCCCCUUCAUCUUUGAGACCCUCCAAGCCCUCGAUGAGCAACGCGUCAACCAGCUGCGCGACCUGCUGACGCAAUACGAGACCCACGAAAGCGACCAGGCGCAACGGAACCAGAGCCGGGCUGCCGACACCUUGGCUUCCAUGCUGGAGAUUAGCACCGAACAAGAAAUCGCGAGCUUCAAGGAAAGAAUCCUCUCCGGCAGGCCGAGGUUGGAGAAGAGGGCCACGACGUCUAGGCAAUCCUCCAAUGCACCCACGAGCCAGACAUUAGCACCGCCUCCACCGCCGCCCAGCAGUCUCGGCCAACACGACGACGAUGCAAGCGAACACUCAGGUCUAGGCGAAGGAAGGAGCGAGUCUAAGCUGCGAAGCCGCAUCGGCACAAUGCUCGGUCGCCGCCGGCAGAGCAUUCACGGCGGGUUCGGUCAGAUUUCUCCCGGCAAGGGAGGUGUGCCGUCGUUCGGCCGAGGCCUCAGCAGCAGUCAUAGUAGCACUCACGUUCGCCCCGGCCUUUCUCCAAGAGCUUCGUCGAAUAACCUAAACGAGAUGAAUAAUCGCCUUUCCGCUCUUCCCGAGACACCCGAUUCUCCCAGACCGCCCCAGUCCUCCGGAACAGACGGCCCGCUCCACGAAGGCACCAACGGCUUUGGUGAGUUCUCAUCGGAUGGUGCUCGGUUGGGUUCGUCUGCUGGUCCCGUCAAUGGAAACCAUGACAGCGAUGCUUUGGAUGUCGCUCCCCCACCAGGUCCUCCCCCGUCGCAGGGUAAAGAGUCCCAAGCGAAGGACGACGAGGGCUUUACGAUUCGACCACCCGACAAUGACCCAAUCUCCCAAGCUCAGCGUGAGGCCGCAGAGGAGAACGAGCAGAUGUUCAGGCUCAAUAUCGCCAGCUCACCCAUCGCAGAAGAGGACGCCGAUGCGAAACGGGCUGCCAUGUCGAAUGUCGCAAACACGCUGACACAGAUGGCUGCCCCUUCACGCAAGCUGGGAACUGUGCGAGGAAGGAGAGACGUCAGAAACACCAUCUACGUGCCGCCUCCUAGCCUACCCGAGCCCGAGCUCACCAAUGAGAAUCCAUUCCCGACAUCGCCGUCACUGCCCAGUCAGUCGUCCAAGCUCACAACCGUAGCUGCCCUCACUUCCGAGGCUAGCAUCGCUGCAACGUCAGACACGCAGUCCAUCCGCUCAGCCAACUCACUUGUGAGCCUCGCACAUUUGAAGCACCCUGAAAUGCACGAGCCUGGCCUUAAUGCAUCCGUCAUCGAAACGGUAUCGGCAACUUUCGAGGAUGGAACUGUCAAAAGCGCCAAGGUUCACGGAGAAAUCGCUUUCGCCUACCACGCAGCCGGUGAUGCCCCGCAAGAACAUGAGACGAUCAGGAUCAACAAUUUCCCCAGCCUCGAAGUCAUUGGACCAAAUCGCAUCUUUGUCCAGAACAACCCCGAGAAGUCUGACGAAUUCAACUUGGACGUGUCGCAUCUCAACAAGACGUCUACCGCGUUCACGUAUAGGGUGCACGCUGGCGAUGCCGACGGCUCCGGUUUGGCAGCGCAAGUUCCUUUGCUGAUCCGACCGGCUUGGAAGCCGCAGGGCGACAAGCUCGGACUCCUUUUGCAAUACUCUCUGAACCCCGCGAGUAACCUCACAGCUCCUGUUACACUGCAGAACGUUGUAUUCGUCGCCACAUACGAGGGCGCCAAGGCGUCAGGCGCGCAGACAAAGCCGACAGGAACGCAUCUGAAGGACAAGCACUUGGUGUACUGGCGCCUGGGAGACUUGACUCUCACAACAGAGACCCAGAAGAUUGUGUGCCGUAUCGUGGGCGCCGAGAACGCGGAGCCCAGGCCCGGUCACAUCGAAGCCCGCUGGGAGCUCACCCCGGAGACUCUGGGCAGCGGCAUCACCAUCUCCAGACUGGAAGAAACCAAGGGCAAGGGCAAGGACGAGGAUGUCGACCCCUUUGCUGAUGACAACCCGACCUCGCCGGCGCUGCCACCUGAUCAGCAGUGGGUGGAGGUGAAUUUGGUGAAGAAGAUUACCAGCGGCAAGUACGAGGCCAAGUAA